AUGGUUAAAGUUCUUCUGACUGGUAGGCAUCUCCAAGUACUAUCCGGUCAUUUAGUCUGUCGCCUAAUGCUCGGUCUAGGAGGAAGUGGCUUCAUCGCUGCUCAUUGUAUCGAUGUGCUGCUGGCACGCGGAUAUGAUGUUGUAGUGACUGUUCGAUCCGAGGAGAAGGGCCAGAAGAUUCUCGAAGCUCAUCCCAAUACGCCAAAGGAGAGGCUGUCUUUUGUUAUUGUCAAAGAUGUUGCAGCAGAUGGAGCUUUCGAUGAGGCUGUCAAAUCUAAUCCACCAUUCGACUAUGUCCUUCACACUGCGUCUCCUUUCCACUUUAAUGUUAUCGAUCCCGUGAAGGACUUUCUGGACCCUGCAAUUAAGGGAACAACAGGUAUUCUCAAGGCGAUCAAGGCCUACGCACCAACAGUCAAGAGAGUCGUUAUCACCUCAUCUUUUGCGGCGAUUAUCAAUCCCAAGCAGCAUGCAAAGGAGUACAGCGAGGAGAACUGGAACCCCGUUACCUGGGAGGAAGCGCUGGAUCCUUCUGCAACCUACAGAGGUAGUAAGGCUGACAUAUGCACCCACCCCAAGACUUUUGCAGAAAAGGCUGCUUGGGACUUUGUCGAGAAAGAGAAACCCAACUUUGACAUUGCAACCAUCAACCCACCGUUGGUGCUGGGUCCAAUCGUGCAUUACUUGAACUCGCUCGACGCCAUCAACACUUCCAAUAAGCGGAUUGCCGAGAUGGUCCGCGGCCAUUGCAAAGACGGCCUUCCGCCUACGGGCACAUUCCUAUGGGUAGAUGUUCGUGAUGUUGCUCUGGCACACGUCAGAGCUAUCGAAGUCCCAGAAGCAGGCGGCCAAAGAUUUUUCCUCACGGCCGGUUAUUUCUCAAAUAAGGCUGUCGCUAAUAUCAUUCGCGAAGCAUAUCCUGAGAUUGCUGAUAGACUACCCCCCAAGGACUCGCCAGAUGAUACUCCGGCUGAUGUUUACGGGUUUAACAACAAGAAAUCAAUCGAGGUCUUGGGAAUCCAGUACCGGUCAUUGGAGCAAUCGGUUACAGAAACAGUCAAGUCGUUGUUGGCUGUUGGGGCAUGA